AUGAAAUCAUCAGUCGUUUUGUUAAUAUCUCUGUUGGUCAACUUGAUCAGUUGUAUGUGGAUAGAUACCAAUAAUGUCACUACAAUUAAGGAGGAUACGGCGAUAAUCGCUAAAGGAUUGUUGAAUUAUUACGAGGGUACAACUUAUGGAGGGACAAUUGGAAUGUUUACUUGGCCAUACUACUGGUGGGAAGCUGGCGGAGCUUGGGGAUCCCUUAUUGAUUAUUCAUACUAUAUGGAAAACGAUACCUAUGUGCCAUUAAUCAAAGAGGCCUUGGAAUAUCAGACAGGAGAAAACUAUAACUAUAUACCUUUGAAUCAAUCUGUAACUGAAGGUAACGAUGAUCAAGGGUUUUGGGGAAUAGCAGUAAUGGGCGCAGCUGAGAAGAAUUUCAGUAACCCUACAGAUGAGAAAAAAGCGUGGUUGUCCUUGGCUCAAGCGGUCUUCAACACUAUGUCAGCAAGAUGGGAUGAGAAGGAAUGUAAUGGAGGUCUUAGAUGGCAAAUUUUCGAGUGGAAUUCUGGUUAUAACUAUAAAAACUCUGUAUCAAAUGGGUGUCUUUUCCACUUGGCAGCGCGUCUUGCAAGAUACACUUCAAAUGACAGUUACGUCGACUGGGCUGAAAGGGUCUGGGACUGGUUGUAUAACACUGGUUUACUCACGGAAGGAGAAAACUGGUGGGUUUAUGAUGGUGUUAAGGUCGAAAAUUGUUCAAAGGUAACGAAAUUGAUCUGGACAUACAAUCAGGGCUUAAUGAUGUCAGGUGCAGCAUAUUUGUGGAACUAUACUGCUGACACUGUUUGGCUCAAUCGUACAGUGAACUUGGUCAAUGGUGCUGAAAUAUUCUUCAAAAAUAGUUCCAUACAAUAUGCUGACGCAGUGAUGUACGAGAGAGCUUGUGAUCCAACUGACAGUCCUAAUUAUAAUUGUAACCAAGAUCAAAGAUCAUUCAAAGCCUACUUUUCUAGAUUUUUGGGCUUGACCUCAGUGAUGGCACCAGUGACAGAACCAACUAUAUCAAACUGGUUAAUUUCAUCGGCGAAUGCCGCUGCUCAUUCGUGCUCUGGUGGAAGUGAUGGUGUCACUUGCGGCUUAAAUUGGCUCAAUUCGACUGGAUGGGACGGUGUCUGGGGACUCGGUGAACAGAUGGCUGCUUUAGAAGUUAUGACAAACUUGCGGGUUCAUGAUAGGCCCCCUCCAUAUACUGCCAGUGAUGGCGGUUCGUCCAAGGGUAAUCCAUCAGGUGGUUAUGCCAUUUUAAAUACAGGAGUACCACCAUUAACUUUGGAUGGUGGAGACAGGGCAGGUGCUGGCAUUAUUACUGCUCUUAUAGGAAUUGUUUUAAUAGCCACUGGUGUCUGGUUGGUUCUUUAG